AUGAGCCCUCAACGCAUAUCAAAAUCAAGCAAAGCCCUUGAGGGCAUCCAUGGGGUUCACGUUGUGUCUCAUUCCCCUUUCGCAUUCGAGCGUAUCAGCCAAGUUUCCACCUUUGAAUCCUCAGACGCAGGAACAAAACAGAGUCUUUUCAUUGAACGUGUCUGGCAACAAAGACCACCAUGCUUAAGACCCAUCCAUUGCAGCUGCCAUGGUGAUCAGAGUCUAUUAGAAACAGCUGCUAAUGUGAUCACAUCGCUCCCUUUCGUUUUCCUUGGUAUGCAGACUCCUAGGAAAAACUUGAACAUGAAGGUGUAUGCAAACUCCUUAAUCGGAGUUGGAAUCGCUUCAAGUUUGUAUCAUUCUUCAAGAGGGACGCUGAGGAAGUACCUUAGAUGGGCUGAUUACACAAUGAUAGCCACAGCUACCGUUUGUUUAUCGAGAGCUCUUAGAGAAGAGAACCCAAAGUUCUUGAUGGCUGCAUCAGCUUUGGCUUUACCGUUCCAGCCUCUCAUGGUCUCAGCUGUUCACACUGGAAUGAUGGAGGUAGCAUUUGCGAAAAGAGCAUUAAAGGAUCCAGAUUUGAAAUCGGCUCAUAACGUACAUAAGUUGUCUUCGUUGUUGGGUGGAGCUUUGUUCAUAGCUGAUGAUCUUUUCCCUGAGACACCAUUCAUUCACGCCGGUUGGCACCUAGCUGCAGCUAUUGGAGUUGCAACUUGCAACAAGCUUCUUCAGUAG